CUGGAUGACUCGAGGGUGAUCCUUGGUCGAGAAAGCGCAUCUUCACUGCAUCAACCACCUUGGGAUAUCAGCCAUGUCCAGCAAAUCCGUCAAGUGGAUCGCAGAUAUCGAAAAGUCGUGUCUUCUUACCAACUUUGAGAAGAGAGGAUGGGUGAAAGGCACCGAAGAGGACUGGAACUUCUAUUGGGCAGGCGUCCACAACUUUCGCAACAUCAUGAACCCAGAGUCCGGCUAUCGUCUUGGAGAAAAUCAAAUCAUCAACCACUUUCCAAACCAUCUCGAGUUGACGAAAAAGGACCUUAUGGUCAAGAAUAUUAAACGCUAUCGCAAGGAGCUCGAAAAAGAGCGAGAGCGCGAGAAAGAAAAGGCCCCGGGGGCGCCCGAGAAGCAGGAAAAGUACAAUUAUAUCGACUUUCUACCAAUCACAUACACGCUCCCUGGAGACUACAACUUGUUUGCGGAAGAGUUUCGCAAGGCACCCUCGAGUGUGUGGAUCAUGAAGCCCACCGACAGAGCCCGCGGAAUCGGGAUUUUCAUCAUCAACAAGCUCCAGCAAAUCAAGAAGUGGUCCCGCGACAACAAAAUGCAAUGGUCGUAUGCCAACUGCAAGGAUACGUACGUUGUCUCCAAGUAUAUCGACAACCCACUUCUGAUCGGUGGAAAAAAGUUCGACCUACGACUUUACGUUUUGGUGACAUCGUGGAGGCCCUUGAUUGCGUACAAGUACAGCCAAGGGUUUUGUCGAUUCUGCGCUGUCAAAUACAACACGGACGUCAGUGACCUCGACAACAACUUUAUACAUCUAACGAAUGUGUCGAUCCAGAAGUAUGGUGAAGACUAUAACGAAAACAAUGGCGGAAAGUGGAGCCUCAAAAACCUGAUCCUAUAUCUCGAAGCCACCCGCGGCAAGGCCCUGACUUCAAAGCUGAUUGACGAAAUCGACUCUAUCUUUGUGCACUCGCUGCGAGCCGUGCAGCAGUUGAUGACAAACGACAAGCACUGCUUCGAGUGCUACGGAUACGAUAUCAUCAUCGAUGCAGAUUUGCGACCCUGGCUCAUCGAAGUCAACGCCUCGCCUUCGCUAAGCGCAACGACAACCAGUGACCGUCUUAUGAAACAUUGUCUCAUCAAUGAUAUCAUAGACCUGAUCAUUCCGGAUGAUUUUCCCGACGUCAAAAACGGUCGAGGCGGCGUCGCUCAAAAGGACAAAAAGGACGCUGGAGGAUUUAUCCCGCUCUAUGAUGACGCUGCGGCCCUCGAACGAGAGCGGCCCCGGUCGAGUCUGAACAAGGCUAAUGUUGGCGUCAAGCCCAAGGUUCGUUAGACGACACUAAUAGUCAUGGACGACGAAGGACUUAUGCAAUGGAGGCAACCACUCGGUUCUGUAGCGUAUCCAAAACGAAACGGGACACUGUUGUGAGUCAG